AUGAAGGAUUAUGAUGACACCACGGCAUUCCUGGGUCAGUGGGGACCUUUCCAGCAGAUUGUUUUCUUCUUGCUUUGUGCCAGCAUCUUUCCCAAUGGUUUUGGUGCUUUCUCUCUUGUCUACCUGACUGACAUUCCCAGUCACCACUGCCUGGUUCCAGAGGUUAACUUAACCCAAGAUUGGCAGGAAGGUAUCAUCCCAGUAAAGGUGGUGAAUGGGAAAGAGGAGCUGAGCAGAUGCAGCAGAUACAGGCUGGAUGUGGUCAGAAAUCUCUCUGCUCAGGGAUACAUUCCUGGCAGGGACAACCUCACAGACCUGGAGCAGGAGGACUGUGUGGACGGGUGGAGCUACAGCACAGACAUCUACCAAUCCACCAUAGUUUCUGAAUUUGACCUGGUGUGCAGUGAGCAGUGGAAGCAGCCGUUCACCUCCACGGUUUACUUCCUAGGAGUUCUUGUUGGAUCCUUCUUGUCAGGACAGCUCUCAGACAGAUUUGGAAGAAAGCCUGUUCUGUUUGCAACCAUGGCAGUUCAGACAUUUUUUACGUUUGUUGAAAUCUUCUCAACUUCUUGGACAGUGUUCUCCAUCCUCCUCUUCAUCAGUGGUUUGGGACAGAUCUCCAACUAUGUGUCCGCUUUUGUACUGGGUACUGAAAUCUUGACUGGCAAUGUGCGGGUCCUGUUUUCAUCUAUGGGUGUAUGUCUGGCCUUUGCCUUUGGUUACAUGAUGCUGCCUCUCUUCGCUUACUUUUUAAGGGACUGGCGCUCUCUCCUGUUGGCUUUGUCUGUGCCUGGCCUGCUCUACCUGCCGCUCUGGUGGUUUGUCCCAGAGUCUCCUCGAUGGCUGCUCUCUCAGGGACGAGUGGAGGAGGCUGAGACCAUAGUGAGAGAUGCUGCUAAGAGGAACCAAGUUCAGGCACCAGAGGUCAUCUUUGAUAAUUACAAUGUACAAGCUGAUGAGACAGAGACGCACCCUAAGGAGCAUUACAACAUCUUCAGCCUGAUAUGGACCAGAAACAUCAGAAACACAACUGUCAUUCUUUGCAUGGUGUGGUUCAGUCUGAGUGCUGGCUACUUUGGCCUGUCCCUGAACACAUCCCGACUCAAUGCAAACCCCUAUAUAAGCUGCUUCAUCUCAGCAGCUGUAGAGGUGCCUGCAUACAUUUCCAGCUGGCUGGCUCUGCGAUACCUUCCUCGACGACUGUCUGUCAUCUGUAUCUUGCUCCUUGGAGGAGUGUCACUGUACUUGAUUCAACUGGUGCCUCAAAGUUUAUCAGACCUGUCUGUUGCACUGGAGAUGCUGGGUAAAUUUGCUGUUACCACUGGUACCGCCCUGCUGUUCGCCUACACCGCAGAGCUUUACCCAACGGUGCUCAGGAACACAGCGACAGGCACAUGUACAACUGUUUCCAGAAUUGGCAGCUGCAUUUCACCUUUUUUGCUCCAGCUGAGUGAAUACUCUGAGUACCUGCCUUAUAUUAUACUGGGGACUCUGGCUGUUGUGUCUUCCUUUGCCUCCUUCUUCCUUCCAGAGAGUUUUGGACGACCUCUGCCUCAAACUAUUCAGCAGAUGCAUCAGAGAGGAAGAACAAGAGAACAAGAUUGGACAAUCCUGACUGGAUGCUCACAUGCCGCCACAACAGCAGUCAACAAGAUACCAGAAAAACCGGAAACCAAUGUGAAGGUAGUUGUGCAGAAAAAUGAUCACCUGCUAAUGUUUAUACAUAUCUGCUUCAUAUGUAAAUAGUCAACUAUUUGUUUUCCAUAUCAAGAUAAAAGGUAAUAAUAUAUAAUUGUUGUCUACAGCUUGUUUCUGCCAACAAGUGGCCAAAAAACGUAUUAUUGCAGGUUCAAGAAAUGUAACAGCAUAUACAAAGGACAGUUGGAAGUAUUGCUUUCUGACCAUAAGUGCAGAUGGGAGACAUUGAAGAAAAUUAGAAAUAUAAAAUCCCAGUAAAAGCUGUUGCAAAAUAGUCAACAAAGAAGUUUUGGUGACAUUUUUAAGCCUUGGUUAAUUUAUAAUAGAUGAUGUUAUUAAGAGAAGAGGCAUAAAUGUCAGUAUAUGAGAAGCAUUUGCAGGGCAUUUAUGUAUGUUAAAUGAAAGCUUUGAGCUGUGAUGGCAAACAAUAGAUCGGAAAAAUAUUUAACUUUUGCAUCCUGAAUAUUUUUUGACUGUUUAAGUUAGUCCUUCAAUAGCAGCCAAAAAAAAUAACAUGCAAAUUAGGGCGUAUCCACCUGCUCUGAUUAGCUCGUGACUUCUUAGUGUUAAACUAAAUGGAAUGGUUUCUAAAUCAAAGAAACACCAAGCUGCACCUGUUUUCAGACUUGGCAAGGAAGUGAGUGCAGGAAGAAUACAGCCAUACUGUGCAGUUACAUAAAACCUGAUUUUGAUCUUAGCUGCAGGCUUCACAGCACCCAGCAGAUCAUUAUUUGUUGUUACUGAGAUGGCUUGACAUGUGGUUGAAGUGAUGCCUGAACAGGCUGAAACUGUGUGUGUAACAGCGUGUGUAUAUGUCUAUAGAGGGGGGCUUAUGUGAGUGAGUGUGUGUGUGUGUGUGUGUGUGUGUGUGUGUAUAGUUGUGCAUGUAGGGUCACUGUACUGAAUGUGGAGGUCAGGUGGGA